AUUUUGAAAAGUCAAACCGGAUGUGUUUCAAGUUCUGCCAUUAGUAGCUAACUGGCCAAUAUAUUGUUGCUUCGGCACCAUAAGCUAAAUUAGCUAUUUGUUUUUGUGUGAACUUUGACACAACGCGACUAGCUGUUGGACGGUAUUCGGUGCUGGGACGUGGCUAAGAAGCCUAACCCUUAAAGGGUAUACCCAUCGUUAAACUAACAUGAUGCCAGCUUCCCAGUGGGAGCUUCCUCCAGAACUAUGUUGUCGGCCCAUGGCUUUUGUUGCUCUGACUGGUCUGGAUGUGGUCUACAAUGCCGUGCACCGGGCCAUAUGGGAUGCCUUCUGCGUCAACCGGCGAGCUGACAGAGUUCCUAUCUCUUUCAAAGUCCUUCCAGGAGAUCAUGAAUACCCCAAAUGUCGCACAAAGCGAACGUCCUAUGAAUGGUACAUCCCAAAAGGCAUCCUGAAAACCAGUUGGAUGAAUAAACAUCUGAACCUGGUACCAGCUCUGGUUGUUCUUUUCUACGAAUUGGAUUGGGACGACCCACAGUGGAAAGAGAAACAAUCUGAAUGUGCAACUAAAGUGGAGAUUGUCAGGACCAGUCUUCAGGGCAGGAACACCAAGGUGGCUGUGGUUUUAAUUCAGAAGAAAACUCCCCUACCGCCAGGGGAGGACUUAGUCGCAUCAGAAAGAGCAGCAACUCUUUGUAAUGCCUGUGAUCUGUCUGGCAAGAGUCUCUUUGUGCUGCCACACACCGACCACUUAGUGGGUUACAUUAUAAGGUUGGAGAAUGCUUUCUAUGAACAUGCUCAGACAUACUACUACACUGAGAUCCGUCGAGUCAAAUCACAUAAAGAGUUCCUCAACAAGACAACACAUCAGCUCCUGUUUGUCCGACACCAGUUUAAAAUUGCCUUCUUCAGUGAGCUGAAACAAGACACCCAGAAUGCUCUCAAGUACUACAGGACUGCAUACAGUCUUGUUCAUGAGCUCAGGGCCCACGAAACCAACACGUUGGAGAUCAAAACGAUGGGAGGAUUCAUCAACUAUAAGAUAUGUCGUCUGUGUUUCCAGCAUAACACUCCACUAGAUGCUAUCGCCCAGUUUAGGAAGCACAUUGACCUGUGCAAGAAGAAGAUCGGCAGUUCUGACCUGGCGUUUGAGCAUGCUGCAUGGAUGUCAAAACAGUUCCACUCAUUUGGUGAGCUGUUUGAUGAAGCCAUAAAGUUGGGUCUGACAGCCAUCCAGACCCAGAACCCUGGUUUCUACUACCAACAAGCUGCAAGUUACAGCCAGGACAGAAAACAACUGGCUCAGCAGCUUUGUCAGGCUGGAGCAAAAUACCCCCCUUCUGAACUGGGCGACAAUCAGACUGGAGGACUGGACUUCUAUGGUCAGAGACCAUGGAGACAAGGACAUCAGAGUAUUGAACCUCCAGAUGCAGAAAAGGAAAAGACAGGGAUUUGGGCUCUACAGAUAAAAGAGAGAGAUGUACCACACUCUGAGCUGAUAAUAGCCCUUCUCAGUAAUGCUGUCGCCCAGUUUAAGAAGUACAAAUGCCCUCGAAUGAAGAGUCACCUCAUGGUCCAGAUGGGAGAGGAAUACUACCACGCUAAAGACUACAUCAAAGCCCUUAAGCUGUUGGACUAUGUUAUGUGCGACUAUCGCACAGAGCGUUGGUGGGGCCUCCUGACCGCCAUAUUGACCACGGCUCUGCGCUGUGCUUAUCUGAUGGCCAGUGUCAAAGACUACAUCAUAUACUGCAUUGAGCUGCUGGGCAGAGCUUCAGAGCUCACUGACGAACAAAAGUUGAGAAUUAAGAAGAAUCUCAUCAAAGUCCUGAUGAAUGACAUUCCUGAUCCCGAACCAGAGUGUGAUAUGUCCUCUGAGGGUGUGGCCAGGUCGCUGUGGAACGACCGCAUGGCGUCUGCUGGAUCCAAAGUCCUCACUAUAGAAGUGCAGGACUACAUCCCAUUCAUUCAAUGUAAGGCCAAGUUCCAGUCUCCCAGUUUCCAUGUAGAUCAGCCCAUCCAACUCCAGGUUUUCCUCCGAGCCGACUGUCCUCACCCUAUAUCUUUCAACAAGCUGGCAGUCAUCCUCAGUAACCAGGAGUACAAUCAGUGGUGUGUGGUGGAAUGUGCCGGCCAGGAGACUAUGAGCCUUUUGCCAGGAAAACCCAACUGCCACAAUUUCAGCUUUGUAGCGAAGACCGAAGACGUCGGCAAGAAGAUUGAGAUGACCGGUAUUGAGUUGAUGCUGGGCAGUGAUACUGGUCGCCGUGUGUUUCUGAGCUGGAGAGGGGCAGGUGGAGAUGCGGCCUCUACCCAUGAAGCCUUGCAGGCUAGCAGGUCAUCGCGCCGAUGGGGGCGGGGCAUGGAGGCCCGUCGAGCGAUGGAUUGGGACAGUGUGACCAUGCAGCACAGUACUAUGGUCAUCUCCAGAGUCCCAAAAAUGUCUGUUCAGCUGAGCCACCAGCCUCCUGCGCUCAACAAUGAAAUGUACUGCAUCAACAUCACUGUCCAAUCACAGGAGGAGGUCUUGGCAAAUAAUGUCAAACUGACAGCUGGCCUGAAACCAGGCCAAGAUGCCAAUCUAGGCCAGACCACGCAUGUGACACUCAUUGGCUCAAAGGUUUGUGAUGACACUGCACCUGCUCUGAUCCCUGACGUUCCUAUGGGAGAUCUGAAACCAGGAGAAAAGUUGGAGAGAUGCGUGUAUGUGAAGUGUGUGUCAACUGGAUCAAGGGUCUUCCUGUUCCACGUGGCAUACAGCAUUGACACCACAGUGGAAGGACGUCAGAUUGUCUGCAAAUGUCAUAAGGACGAUACUGUUACUAUAGAGACAGUGGUCCCUUUUGAGGUGUCUGUCAAGUUUGUGUCCACCAAGUUUGAGCCACUGGACCGGGUGGCGGAGGACAUCCCCUUCCUGUUGAUGACCGACGUCCUAUCAUUGUCUCCUUGGCCUCUUCUGCUUGCCUCCUCUUCUUUACAGUUGCUGACAAUGAACACAAACACACCACGGCUGCAGUCCCAGAUGCAGGAAGUUGUUUUGCAGACAGAUGAGUGUGCCAGUGAGUGUUUCUGUCUUCGCUGUCCACUGCUGGCCAACAGCAAUAACACUGUAGCUACAGGACAGUACCUGAUAUCAUGGAGGAGAAUGUCUGCCAGCGCAAACAGUCCACUCAUCCAAACUGCAGUGACUCUACCUCAUGUCAUCCUGGAGUCCGUCCCUCUUUAUAUCCAUGCUGAGCUACCUUCAUAUGGGCGAGUCAGAGAGUCUCUUUCCGUUCGCUACCACAUAGAGAACAGGACCUCUCUGGUGCAGGAGGUGGAGAUGGCCGUUGAACCAUCUGAUGCCUUCAUGUUCUCUGGACUCAAACAGGUACGUCUGCGUAUCCUUCCAGGCUCAGAGCAGCAGAUGCUCUAUAACUAUUACCCUCUGAUGGCUGGUUACCAAACACUACCACAGCUCAACAUCAGCCUGCCCCGCUGCCUGACCACCAACACACACACACUGAGGCGCUUCCUGCCCCAACGCAUCUUUGUCAAGCCUCAGGGUCGACAACUGGACGAUGCCUCUAUCGCUGCAGCUUGAGAAGACACACACACUGUUGACAUUGAAUAGAAUAGCAAGACAAUAUUGUAUUUAGUUCUAGAUGUAGGAUUUCUCAAAGUUCACAAUAUCAACACUUUUUUUUCUGUUAAAAACGCAGAUUGACAAAACAUCAGUAGACUACUGUUUGCGUUCAAUGUGAUGACCUGAUGAUCAGGAGGGUUUGUGACUGAACUAAUGAACAAGUUGUCAUUUAACAAUGAAAUCCAUUUAGGAAUCUUAUGUGAGCUACAUGGAAAUUUCUGUUGAGAGUAAUUAAAUAUGAUAAGUUUGAUUAAAUUGAAGUGACAUAAACUAGUUGUGUUUCAUGUUCUACACCCAUGGCAAAAUGUUUUGCAAAUAACCUUAUUGUUUUUCACAAAGUUUGCUGCUUCACUGUGUUUAGACUAUUUUUGCCCAGUGUCACUAUGGCAGGCAUAAGUAUGAUCACAAGCAUUUUAUAUAGGUUCAUGGUGUUUAAUGAUAACUGAUAGGUUCUUCCCCAAGACCUAUGCAAUUUACCCUGGCGUGCUGUCAGUUAACUCUGUGCCACAUCCUGACUGAAGCAAGAACAUUCUUGCAUGAUCAAUGCUUGGAGUUCGUCUCCUGCUUCCUAAGCAGAAAAAGAAG